UGCCUACCGUCCCCACUCUUGUGCCGCAACAGCUCAGCCUGAUGCUGACGCCGACCUCAGGAGAUGGCCACGAAGAGAUGAGCUCGAUUUCGGCGCAACAGGGAGUCGUAUGACAAGGGUGGUAUAGAUGACUGAUGGGAGAAGAGCGAGUACCAUGUCAUCGUAAUGGAGCUGAGGAUACGAUCGUUAUCAACGAGAUUCGACCUAGAGUCGGCCGGGUCCCGGUCCGGGGCGGCCCCACUUUAUCGGUUCGGCAAGUUUAUGCGCCGGCCUUCAACGGACGGCGAAGGGAAUCUGAACGACGUGGGCGCAUGGGCGGGACGUCAAAGGCACCUAUCUAGGCAUCAAAAACGGCCAGGAGAUGGUCAAAUCACAGAUACCUGUCCUCAUUCGAAGCAGGUCACUCGACCAUCACAAAGUCGUCAAGACUCCGGAUUGACCGCAAGCAACUUUACAUUGUUCACUUCAAUAAUUUCUACGGUAUUUGGGGAGAACAAACGGACUUCAAGGCCGCUCAUCUCCUAGGUAGUACCGAGAAAUCCGAAGAAUGUUGUGGGCACUCUUGCGUCUCAGCGCAAAGAAGGCCUUACUUAAGAAACUGUAG